AUGGCAGAGGAGGAAGAKUCUUUGGAGGAAGAAAAAUCAACGAAAAUKGAGGAUUCUUUUCGUGGAUAUGCGUUGUACACCUAUAAUGCAAAYAGACCAAACAUUGCAGAGUCGAGAGAUGYGAGGGAAGAAACUGGCGAUAGCUCAGUGGUACAAUUUCUACAGAAAGAAGCUACGUCCAAUCAUGACUUUAGUCUAUCRUUACUGAGCACUGAUCUGACAGGMGAACAAGACACUGAACURCGUACAUUCAUUGCUCAGCGAUUGUAUAAAGGAACMGUGUACAGUGGAAGYGGGAAUGUGACAUCAAUUGAGAAUGUCCUUCCUAACACUACCAGUCAGUGUUAUUAUUGCCUGUUAAGAGGAGAUAAAGAAAGCGAAGAAAAUGAAGCUGAAAUAAUGAGUCUUGGUCGUUAUCUUUCAAAGGACUUUGUUGUGUGUUUUGUUGCUGACAAUAAGACCAAGUUAGAGCUCUUUCAACAAGAGCUUGACAGUUACAGCAGUGAACUACUACCAGAACUUAUGACUCCAAUUGAAUCCCUUGAUGUCAAAGAGCAAUUUGGUCAUCUUAAAGAUUGGUACGAAGAGAAUGUCACAUAUUUGUGUCGAUGUGCCAGUCUACUGGGAAAGGAUCUUUCGACUUUGAUACAAUGUGGUCUUAUUGGAAUGGACCUGGAAGUUAUCUGUGAUGACUCCAAGAUAAAGAAAGAUAUAAAAUUAUUUGUAAAUGCUUGCUGUACCAUGAACAGAGGAUCUAGCCUUAUUGAGAGUCCAUCUCUUCAAGAAGUGAACUUUCUUCCCCAAAGUGUAACUUUAACUGUAGAUGAAGAAGAAUGYAGUUUGAGUACACAAGAAACAACACAAUUCUGUAAAGAUUGGGCAAAUACAAUGCUACGAGGKGAUAUAAAUGAUCCUAUAUUCCUGAGAGAAGUCAUAGAAAACUACAAAUUAAGGGUAAAUCAUGAUCUGAACACACUCAAAAGACUAUUUCGAGAAGCAGAAACAGAUCACUAUGCAUUAUACAGGUCGUAUCAGUUCCUUCUCAAGUGCGGCAACGGACCAGUCCUWCUCCACAGUACAAAACAGGAAGCCCGUGCUAUGUCUUCAGACGAAAGCCUCGAAAUUUUGAACGUACUUGAGAACUACAUCAAGAGAAACAAGAAAUUCAAUGUAGAAGAAGUAUCAUGAAUGGCUUYUGGCUUUGGCUAUGUGCUGUUUUUCUUUAUCAACAUGCCGCUGUAGAUGACCGGAGGAUUAGUUAGAUAUAGAGAAGGUAGUUACUGACUCGUUCCCAGUCGUCUCUCUCUUUCUUGUAGUUCAUCAAGUAAAGGAAGGAGACUGUGAGRACGGGGGAGAAGACAGGGGACGAGUCCAAGGUAGUUAUAGAUUUAAUAUGGUAACUGAGAGUAGAUCGAUUUUCAUAUACCCGUGAAACAGGAAGUAAAAAAUGAGUUGGGUGGGGUCGAGUGGGGCUAUGGAAAAACAGUCUAUUAAGAAAAUGUUUUUUUUAAAAUACGGAAAGUUUAAAUAACCAAAUAGACACAAGAGAAAACGAUACAGCUUACGACCACUUACAGGGUUUUAUUAGUCUCAUAUCUGUUUCGCGUAUUCAUGGAGAGACGCUAAUAACCUAAGAAACCAUUUUAUCAAUAACAUAAUAUUCAUGGGCUGUCUGGUGGCUCUAGACAAUACGGUAACGAUAGGAUAGGGCUGUGCGUGCCCCUCCCCUGGAGUCCCUAGACAGUCACAAAUAACAUCGCCUAUCCGUAAAUAAACAUACUUAGACAUAUCCAUGCCUCGAUAAAUAUAUAGAAUCAUACUGACACUAACUAUAGACACUUAAUCAUAUGAAACGCUUAAUAAYUACUGCACCAAUAUGAAGGACUUUCAAAUGUUAGAUAUUAUCAAACCACUUAACCGGACAGCGUCCCCUGUUCCCGAAGUGAACUGUCAAUUAAACGACAGAACUAUUGAGGCACAUCAAAUUACAGUGUUCUAGAAGUAACUAUUACUGUUUACUAGUUCCGCGUCGCUUCUCUUAUUCCCWAAUAUAAUUGUCUUAAAGUUAAUAACACUGAGACUGAACACUGAACCGUAGAACUCAUUACUUUAACCAAUUCAAGUAGGUAUAUUUUCAAUUGUAUUUUCGCCCAUGAGAUUGCGUUUUAAAAAAACACCAUCCUCGUCCCAGUCUACUCUCUGUCGGCUCAUUCGAAAUAUCGGCGAGAACGCUCUUGAAUUCGGCACGAGUCGCUGUUAGGGGUAAAUGGGAACUUGGAUUUUGCUGCAAACUCAUUGCCUUCAGUGUCUACUAGAUAAGAACAGCUAUUAAGUUAACUUGGAAAUGAGAAAGAUUUGCUUUAUCUACAGUAGUUUGAAAUUCAUUAUGUUCAUUAAUGAAWAGUGUUAUCACCAGCUUGUGGCAAUGAUAAUGAUGAUAUCACUUCAUAUCAACAAUAUCGUCUCGCAAAGAAUUGUGAAUAGCAAUUUGAA